AUGGCAACGGCUAGUUUGGCAAGAGAAAUAGGCAUGGCCAUUAUAAAAGCCACCAACAACUCAAGCUUUGGGAGAGGCUGGUUCAGCCCUCACAUGGCUGCUGCUUCUCGCGCCAUCGCUGAACGUAUCCCAUUGGUUGAUCUCGUUCUUGAAGUCAGAGACGCAAGGAUUCCAUUGUCAUCAGCGUGCAAGCAAUUGGAGAACUACACAUCCUCUUCCAAGCGAAUCAUAGUAAUGAACAAGGUGGACCUUGCAAAUCAUUCCCAGUUGAAGGAGUGGAUGAACUACUUUGAGCAAAAUAAUUGCAUUUCAUAUGGAGUCAAUGCCCAUAAUAAAGAGAUCAUUAAGAAGUUUUUGACCUUUUUGCAAGCUCGUGUCAGAGAACUGAAUAACAAUGAUAGUUCUAGUUAUACUGCAACGAUAUUGCUACUUGGAAUUCCUAAUGUUGGUAAGUCAGCCCUUGCCAACUCCUUACAUCGAAUUGGGAGGAUUAGUGCAGCAGAAAAGGGAAAGUUGAAGCAUGAUACAGUGAGUCCACAGCCUGGUGAGACAAAAGAUAUAAGCAGCUUAAAGAUCGGAAGUCAUCCCAAUAUUUAUGUUUUGGACACACCAGGUGUUUUGCCUCCGCAGAUUCAUGAUGUAGAGGUCUGCACCAAAUUAGCAUUGACAGGAACCAUUGUAGAUUAUAUUUCUGGGGAGAAAGAACUAGCUCAGUGUUUUCUGGCUAUCUUGAACAGAAGCAACGAAUACAAGAAAUGGGCAAAUUUGUCCAACAGUGAGAAUGGUAGAACAUGGAUAGACCACAAUAUAGAAUGCUCAAAUAGCUCUAAAGAUAUCAAAGAGAAAAGACAAUACUCUGCAGAUCACACACAGGAUUUCAUGGUGCAAAAUGUUCGUCAGACUCUCUUCAAGGUCAUAUCAUCUUUUGAUGGUAACGUGGAGGAUGAAAUGCUUAUUGAGGAAGAGAUGAAGGCCGUGCAAGGAAUUUUUCAGGUUCCUACAGAAUCCAAAAAGUACACUCAAUAUAAAGCCGAAUCAAAGUUGUUGAAUCUUUUCCGCACUGGGAGGCUUGGGCAUUAUACCUUAGAUUCUAUACCAACUCUUUCUUAGAUGACGCGACCUCUGCAAAUUUUCCAGGUCUAAAAGAUCUAGUGUAAUUAAUCCCUGGAGCUAGCUUUCUCUUUUAGCUAUUAGCUA